GUGGAAUAUGGGGACGAGAACGCCUGAUCGCUGUGUGUGUCGAGACCGUAUCAAACCUACUCUAGCUACAGUCGAUUAGGCUAAUGAUCUGCUAUAUCUCAGCUCGCCACAAUAUACGAUUAAAUACCAUCCGGCCGGACGAAGCAAUUGUUUUCGUACCUGCUAGCUCGAAACAAGCUUGGUUGUCGAAGUUGUCAGGAUUGGCGCAGGAUUACCUUAUUGUAGCAGCCAGAUAGUAUCCUGUGAUCUCCAGUCAUGGCUAGUCCAGAUGAUUUAACGUUUCAGGAGUUUGAGGAGGCCGCAGAUCUGCUGUCUUCAAAUCCUGGAGCCUCCACCCUCAGCAUCUCCAGCCCCGGCGCAGCAGCCUUCUCUGGAGAUGUCAAAGUCGACCUGUCAGACGACGAAGACCAUCAGCAAGAGAGUUCAGAGUUGCUUGGGGGUGAAAAACAAACUGGUGGUUUUUGGACGUUUGAGUACUAUCAGUCAUUCUUCAACGUAGAUACAAUGCAGGUGCUGGACAGGAUAAAGGGCUCAGUCAUGCCUUUCCCAGGCCGGAAUUUCGUCAAACACCACAUUCGAAAUAACCCUGAUCUCUAUGGUCCUUUCUGGAUCUGUGUGACUCUAGUGUUCUCAGUGGCCAUCAGUGGAGACCUCUACACAUUUCUGAGUAAUAUGGGAGACCCAGGGUUUCACGACAGACCUCAAUUCAACAAAGUCUCGAUCGCAGCCGUCACUGUGUUCCUUUAUGCAUGGCUGGUGCCUCUAGGAGUUUGGGGCUUCCUAACGUGGCGUCAAAGUGUUGAGAGACACAUCAGCGGUUACACGUUUUUAGAGACUGUGUGUGUCUAUGGUUAUUCUCUUUUCAUUUAUAUCCCUGCCUCGAUAUUAUUAACCAUUCCCGUCUACUGGCUCGAGUGGCUAUUGAUUGUCAUUGCCAUGGUGAUCUCGGGCUCAGUGUUGGUAAUGACGUUCUGGCCGGCUGUUCGCGAUGACACGAGACUAACAGCAUUCGCUACCAUGACAGUAAUAGUGUCACUUCAUGCCCUUCUGGCUGUUGGCUUUAAGCUCUACUUCUUCAAAACGCCAACAAACACAGGAUCAUCGCACUCCGGACAACAGACUACCCCAGCUGCAAAUCACACAACACUUGCUGUGGGAAAGCAUCAAUGACCAACUGAAUGGGAACCUAGGAGACUUAAUAUUCAAAGGACAUGACAAAUGUGUAGUAAUUAUGAUAACUGAGCAAUGGAGUUCAGAUUAGUGUGCUGAUGCUUGAUGCACACAAGCAUUCCCAGCAAACACAUUGAAAGUGUUUCCAGUUUGUAACUAACCCAGCAGAUAAAAUAACCUCCCUCAGAUCACAAGUAAAAUCACAGCGACUUACUGAUGACUUUAGCUUGUA